AUGGCGCUCGGCAUGACAGCCGGGUGCCCAGUGCGCAUGAGCGAGAAGCACUUGCGCUUUGUGAUUGGUCCGGCGGCUUCUGGGAUCUGUCAUGUGUCCCAGGUACCGCCUUACCAUUCACAAAAAGCACCGCUUCUUGCGCAUGCGCACUUGGCACCCGGCUGUCAUGCCCAGCGCCCACACUACAGAAGCCGGGAAGACAGCGCGCCGCUGGAUAGAGGAACAGGUAAGAUGAAAAAAAAAACUCUGCGGAAGUAAGAGCGGGUACCUGUCAAAUUCAGGUACCCGCUUCCCACCUCCCCAAAGGUCAGCAGUCAUCUGUA